GAUAUUAAUCACAGCUCUGCGCUAUUCCAUUUCUGUAUAUUGUUAGUACCGAAUAUUUGUCAAAAUAAAAUACAGUCAAACAAACGAAUGUGAACAUGGAUUCUACAGAUGAAUUCGAAAAUUCUUUUAAUAAAUAUGAGCAUGAUAAAUUCUUACCAAAUGCAUCAAGAAAUGUUUUGCAUCAUAAUACAAAUAUUGUGCAUAAAUUGUUCAACAGAGAGGUAAGUUCACAGUUAAAAUGUUUACAAUAAUUAUAGAUCUGUGGGUUACAUUUAAUUAUUUUUAUUUACCUACUAUAUUAUAAUAGUAAUUGUACAAUUUUAAAGACUAUAUCUAUAUAAAGUUCUGUUAUAUCUUAUACCUACACGUAGGUAAUUCUCUGCAUCUAUUAAGUUAGCAACACAAAAAUAUCAUUAAUUUUCAAAAAUGUCGAAAUAAAGUGGGUGUUAAAUAGGCAUAACGGGAAACAAAAAUGUUAAUUUUUAGUAUUAAUAAUUAUAAAUAGUUAUUAAUUUAAUGACCUCCCAGAACAAUCUUAAAACAUAAAGAUUUAUAUCUUUACAUUUUGAACUGACCUUUAUGUAUUUUUUUUUGUCAAUAGGUAUUUGGAUGCACCUCUAGGAAGCAAUAUGAAAGGAGCAAAAAGGUGUUUGACAGGAUACCACCAAGACUGCGAUUCUGCCUCAUGGACAUUGUACCAAUGUCAUAUCUUAGAGAACAUGUGUUUAUGGGCUUCUCACAGUGUGGACAGUUCCUUCUGAGCUUUACAUACAGUUGCAAUACACAAGUGUACUUCAGAGAGAGUUCUAAGUUUACACUUCAUUUUUUACUAUGGGUGCCUGGUCGUGUGGUUAAGCCAGUUCACAGCAUACCUUUGUUUGGGGAUGACUGUGUUGACAGUAAGGUGACCAUAUCCAUGGCGCAAUGGAAACAUAAUCCUGGCGUCAUUGUCGUCUAUGGUAUUGCAGACUCAUGUUCCGAACGAUCAUACCUCAGCGUUAUUGGAGUACCUCGUUUAGGAUGUAAAAAAUGCGCGGCUAAUUCUAGAGAUGAAGAUGAUCUCAAUUGGGGCAAGAGAUGUUUAGAGCACAACUUUGCUAUUCACACAAAGUUUUUCUGUACCUCUGACUCUAGUAUGUACGAACCAGUUGUACAGCUAGCCUAUUCCAACCAAAUUAUAAUCUACACAGACUUCAUUCACAUAUUAGAGAUAGACUUUGUUAAACCAGACCAAGAGAGAAAUGAACUAAUAGAAGAUAACAAAUUCUCAUUAGAUAGAGAAGAAACAAAUUCAAUGGACACUAAUCCGAGCACACCGGGGUCUGACGUGUCUGCCCCUUUCCAAUCACCAAAAUAUCAAAAUAACGUCGUCCAAAACAUCCUAGCUGAUUUCUCCGAUUUAGAGGUAGAACCGUAUCAAAUGUCAAGACCGGUGUUGUUGCCCGAUAUGAUGGGACAAGAGCUAUGCAUACAAGCGUCGUCGAUAUCGCACAAUUUGGUCGAAGAGUGGGAAGGACCAUCGCCUUCCAUAAGGACGUUAAUCAGCCCUCCGCUCCGGUCACCGCGACGAAGGCCGGCAGAGAGCAUGUCCCGAUUCAACGAGACUCAUAGAAUUAAUGCCGAGAAAGCAUAUGAAUUUGUCGAGGAAACAGAAACGAAAUGCGAGAAACUCAGUAUGUUUCGGAGAAGGCGAUUAGCUGAUAAGAAAUAUGAAUUCUCUGAGGAUAACAACGAGAAUAUAGUCCCGUACAGGGUAUUAAGGAGUAAUAGAAAGUAUUUUAUAGGUUCCACUAGUAAGAGUCAACCUCGACGUCCGAAGUCCCCUCCAGUUGAGUGCGUGGUCCUCAGAGCUCACAAUCAAAUAAGUAGACCACCAUCACCGACCACUAGCUCGUAUAUGAAAUCUUCUAGCUUAUCUUUAGAUUCUGAUAGAAACAGCGAGUCAGAGUACAGAGUAAUGGAGAUGCUGGAUGAUGGCUCACUUAAAACUGUAGCUGUUCAUGAUAACACCUCUAAGACUCUCUCCGAUUGCCCGGUCAGCCCUCAAGAUCCCUAUUUGGUACAUUCUGGUAAUUCCAAAUGUAGUAAAUUUUUCACAAGAUAUUUUGUGGAAAGUGACGACGAAAUAACAUCAAUACUAACAGAUUCCGAAGACGACUGUAUGUCCGGGUACCACGUGGCGUUACACCUGACCGCGCACGGGGCGGGCUACGCGCCGCUGCAGGCGGUGAGCGCGGGCGCGUGGGAGCGAGUGCGCUGCACCGCGCCCCCACCCCCUCCCCCUCCCCCGCCCUCGCCCUCGCUCACUGUGCGCGCGCGCCAACGGUCACUCGACACCGAGCUGCUGUGCAACGAGGUCUGCGGCCGCCUAUGCAAGAUCAACGGCAACAAGUUCAUAUACUGCUUCGACUGGGGCUGCCAUGUCAUAGACGUCUGCCAGUCGAGCGGUUGCCUCUCCGGGUUAUGCGCGAUGUGGUUGUGGGCGAGCGUGGAGGCGGGCGCGGAGGCGGAGGCGGGGGCGGGGGAGUGUGACGCGUGCAAGGACGCCAGUGCCGGGUGCCUCGCGCACAGGCGACAGUACGCUGCAGAGUGUCUGUUUGUAUGGGAUCUUGUCAGCGGAGUGUACAGAACUGAAAGAGCUUCCAUGACUGAGGAUAACAGCCAGGAAGGUUCUCGAGGGAAAUCCCUAAAGAGACUGACUGAUGUAGACAACUGCAUUGAGAUCACGAAGAACCAUCCAGACAGCUCCGAAUCGGAGUCGUCGUCCGAGGAGGACAGUGAUUUUGACUGAUUUUAGAGUAGAAAUAUAUCAGUUAAUACUUUUUCAAGUUGCUGUGAGUCGUAUGUUAAUGUUAUUUAAGUCAAUGUCAAAGCAGCUGUUUUCUUUCUCCUGAAAUAGCUCACAACAGACAUUGCAGUCAACGGUCUUUUCACGAGACAAUUUAGAUAUCUCCAGUUGUUUGAAUGAAUUGAAUUUCUUUAAUGAUUUACUUCUAAAUAUAGCAAUAAAGCUAGAGAAACUGUAAAUAGGUAAUUGCUUUAUUAAAAUGAUUUCUGAUUAGAAUCUACUACUCUGUGUUCGAUAGUUAUCAGCACAAUCUAUACAAUAUAUGAAAAUGGUAAAGUUCAUCAAAAUGUGCAACGAACUCGGGGCUGAUGUGUAUUGUCUUUUGUUACACCGAAUCUAGGAAACCUAGUCACCAUAACUAUAGAAUAAACACUAAAGGUAUUCAGGUUUUUGUUAAUUUUAUAAUUAUUCUACUUGUCUCAAUGUAGAGAGAAGAAUCUGUUCGUCACCCUGUGUAAAUAUUGUAUGUAGUGUUAUUUGUAUUUUCAAAAGGUGCUUUUUAUAAAAAUCUCUGCUUUUAUUUCUAAUAUCAAAAUAUAUCUCAUUUUGUGAUUUAAAUCUUUGUGUCUAUAAUUUUUGGACAAUCGGGAAUAUUCUGUAAGUAACCAGAUUUCAAAAUUAUUAAAAACAUAAUUAACACAUAAAACAUUUGACAAAUUAUAAUAGUCCCUGUUAUUGGAUGUUAUUAUUUUUUACAAACAAGAUUUUUAUUGUAAAUUUUGAUUAAUAUUCUCAUCAUUUAUAUGUUAUAAGAAUAUUUACCUGAUGUACUUUUUUAAAACGUAAUCACAUGGAUGAUAUUAAUUAGUGUUAGUGAAUAUUUAUGAAAAGAUUUUUGUAUAAACCAAAUUUUGGUGCAAUCUAACUUGCACAACUUUUAGGGUCACCUAUCUUAUCUUCAUAUUACAUCAUAAACUAAGGAAAGUUGGUGGUAAAAUUUAUAUUCUAUACAAUCAUUAACAUGAGGUUAAAUAACAUUUAUUGUUAUCAGCUAUAGAGUUCAAAAUGCAGAAGUUUAGAUCAUUGUAAUAACUGUGACCAGAAUACUUGAUCACACAUAUUUUCAAAUAUUGAAAAUAUGAAGUAUAAUAUUUCAAAUUAUCUAUGCUCAUUGUAUUGGUUGUGAUCAUUUGGAUGUAGAUUUGUUAAGUGAAGUGCCUGUGAGCGUUUAUAACUUGACUUGAAGGUAUUUAACCUUGAUCUCUAAGCAAGUUAUUCUGAUAAGACUAAUUUUAUUUAAUGUUUGACAAGCCAUGCCACCUAAUAGGAAAAAUAUACAGAGUCCAGUUUUACGGAACCACAUAUUUUUUUUACUUAUUUUCAAAAGGGCCUUAUAUAAGUUCAUACAAUCAUAAUUUUUAAGGAUGCGAUCAUAAGUUAAUAAACUCCAAAUAAACUGAUAUUGGUUUAACAAUAUUGCAUUUAUUUUGUUGAUAAAUGUGUGCUGAGAGCAAUGUAUUGCUUGUGGUAUCAUCACAUUAUUUUGAUGAGACUACAUGCAACAGGCAAGUUUUGCCAAUGAUACUAACUUUUAAGGUAACUUCAAUAUACUAUGUAUUAACUCUUGCCAUUAAAAAUGUAUUUUAAAAUUUAAGGUAUGAAAAUAAAGAUGAAGCAUGAUGACAUAAUUUGUU